AGAGAAUCCUGUCAACAAAUAACUGUUUUUUCCAGGGUUUCUGAGAACUGAACUGAACUAGGAGAUGUUAUUUGCUUUAAAGAAACAAUUUACUCUUGUGCAAUGUUGAACUGUGUCAACCAAGCAAAUAAAUUGAGAAACCCUUAUUUAUAAAACUGCCUGCUUCUGAUUUCACUUCAUGAUUCUAAGGUUCCAAGAGAAGGGGAAAAUGAAGGUUUUGUGGCUUACUAUUUUUUUGUUUUUAUACAGCAACUCAGCCUGGGCAAAAGAUAAGCAUUAUUACAUUGGAAUUGUUGAAACAACUUGGAACUAUGCCCCUGACAACGGAGAAAAGAAACUCAUUUCAGUUGACACAGAACAUUCCAAUAGCUAUCUUCAAAAUGGCCCGGAUAGAAUUGGAAGAGUGUAUAAGAAGGCCCUUUAUCUUCAGUACACAGAUGAAACCUUUAGGACGAUUAUAGAAAAACCACUCUGGCUGGGGUUUUUAGGCCCUGUUAUCAAAACUGAGACUGGAGAUAAAGUUUUUGUACACUUAAAAAACUUUGCCACUAGACCCUAUACUUUUCAUUCACAUGGAGUAACUUACUAUAAAGAACAUGAGGGAGCCAUCUACCCUGAUAACACUACAGAUUUUCAAAAAGCAGAUGACAAAGUAUAUCCAGGUGAGCAGUACAUGUAUAUAUUGCAUGCCAAUGAAGAACAGAGCCCUGGAGAGGGAGACAGCAAUUGUGUGACCAGGAUUUAUCAUUCUCACAUUGAUGCUCCAAAAGAUAUUGCCUCAGGGCUCAUCGGACCUCUAAUCGUCUGUAAAAAAGAUUCUCUGGAUAAAGAAAAAGAAAAAGAUAUUGACCAAGAAUUUGUGGUAAUGUUUUCUGUGGUGGAUGAAAAUUUCAGCUGGUACCUAGAAGAUAACAUUAAAACUUACUGCUCAGAACCAGAAAAGGUUGACAAAGACAACGAAGACUUCCAGGAGAGUAACAGGAUGUACUCUGUGAAUGGAUACACUUUUGGAAGUCUCCCAGGACUCACCAUGUGUGCAGAAGACAGAGUGAAAUGGUAUCUUUUUGGUAUGGGCAAUGAAGUUGAUGUGCAUGCUGCUUUCUUUCGUGGACAAGCAUUGACUAAUAAGAACUACCGUGUUGAUACAAUCAAUCUCUUUCCUGCUACACUUUUUGAUGCAUUUAUGGUGGCCCAGAACCCUGGAGAAUGGAUGCUUAGCUGUCAGAAUUUAAACCAUCUCAAAGCUGGCUUACAGGCCUUUUUCCAGGUGCAGGAUUGUAAGAAGUCUCCAUUAGAAAAUGAAACCCUUCAGAAUGUUAGACAGUACUACAUUGCUGCUGAAGAAAUCAUCUGGAACUAUGCACCCUCUGGGAUAGACCUCUUCACCAAAGAAAAUUUAACUGCACCUGAAAGUGAGUCAGAGGUAUUUUUUGAACAAGGUGCUACAAGAAUUGGAGGCUCUUAUAAAAAGCUGGUUUAUCGUGAAUAUACAGAUGCUUCCUUUGCAAAUCGAAAGGAGAGAGGCCCUGAAGAGGAACAUCUUGGCAUUCUGGGUCCUAUCAUUUGGGCAGAGGUGGGAGACACCAUCAGAGUUACCUUCCAUAACAAAGGCACAUAUCCCCUCAGCAUUGAGCCAGUUGGAGUGAGAGUCACUAAGAAGAAUGAGGGCACAUACUAUUCUCCACGUUUCAACUCCCCAAGUGGAAAUAUGCCUCCUCUUCCUGCCUCCCAUGUGGCACCCAAAGAAACAUUCACCUAUGAAUGGACUGUACCAGUAGAAGUAGGGCCCACUUAUGCGGACCCUGUCUGUCUUUCUAAAAUGUAUUAUUCAUCUGUGGAUCCCACGAAAGAUAUAUUCACUGGGCUUAUUGGGCCAAUGAAAAUAUGCAAGAAAGGAAGUUUACAUGAAAAUGGGAAACAGAAAGGUGUAGACAAGGAGUUCUAUUUGUUUCCCACAGUGUUUGAUGAGAAUGAAAGUUUACUCCUGGAUGAUAAUAUUAGAAUGUUUACAACUGCACCUGAUCAGGUAGAUAAGGAAGAUGCAGACUUUCAAGAAUCUAAUAAGAUGCACUCCAUUAAUGGAUUCAUGUACGGGAAUCAGCCUGGUCUCAGUAUGUGCAAAGAAGAUUCCGUUGUUUGGUACCUAUUCAGUGCUGGCAAUGAGGCCGACAUUCACGGGAUAUACUUUUCAGGGAACACGUAUCUUUCAAAAGAAGAAAGGAGAGAUACAGCAAAUCUCUUCCCUCAUACAACCCUAACACUCCUCAUGCAGCCCGACUCUGAAGGGACUUUUGAUGUUGAGUGCCUCACAACUGAUCAUUACACAGGCGGCAUGAAGCAAAAAUAUACUGUGAACCAAUGCAGCAGGUUGUCUGAGGAUUCAACCUACUACAUGGGAGAAAGGAUCUACUACAUCGCAGCGGUAGAGGUGGAAUGGGAUUACUCCCCACACAGGGCAUGGGAAAAGGAGCUGCAUCAUUUACAAGAGCAAAAUAUUUCAAAUGCAUUUUUAGAUAAGGAAGAGUUUUAUAUAGGCUCAAAGUACAAGAAAGCUGUGUAUCGGCAAUACACUGAUAGCACGUUCAGCAUUCCAGUGGUGAGAAAAACGGAAGAAGAACAUCUAGGAAUCCUAGGUCCGCAAAUUCAUGCAAAUGUAAAAGACACAGUAAAAAUUAUCUUUAAAAAUAUGGCCACGAGGCCAUACUCAAUACAUGCCCAUGGGGUGAAGACAGACAGUUCUACAGUUACACCAACAUUACCAGGUGAAACUCGGACUUACCUAUGGAAAAUCCCAGAAAGAUCUGGAGCUGGAAGACUGGAUUUAGCAUGUAUUCCAUGGGUUUACUACUCUACUGUGGAUCAAGUUAAGGAUCUCUAUAGUGGAUUAAUCGGCCCGCUGAUUGUUUGUCGGAAACAUUACUUAAAAGUAUUUAAUCCCAAAAAGAUACUGGAAUUCUCCCUCCUGUUUCUAGUUUUUGAUGAGAACGAAUCUUGGUAUUUAGAUGACAACAUCAAAACAUACUCUGACCACCCUGAGAAAGUAAACAAAGACAAUGAGGAAUUCAUAGAAAGCAAUAAAAUGCAUGCAAUCAAUGGAAGAUUGUUUGGAAACCUGCAAGGUCUCACAAUGCAUGUGGGAGAUGAAGUCAACUGGUAUCUGAUGGGAAUGGGCAAUGAAAUAGAUUUGCACAGUGUACAUUUCCACGGCCACAGCUUCCAGUACAAGCACAGGGGCAUUUAUAGUUCUGAUGUCUUUGACGUUUUCCCUGGGACAUAUCAAGCCCUAGAGAUGUUUCCAAGAACACCUGGGACCUGGUUACUCCACUGCCAUGUGACUGAUCACAUUCAUGCUGGAAUGGAAACUACUUACACUGUUCUACCAAAUAAAGGUGAAUUCUAG